AUGGCUCUUGUUCAACUGCAUUCCCAACUGUCGGCAUUGUGGGUUCUGUUGCUCGUGUCUUGCGCCAGCGCAUUCUACAUCCCGGGAUACUCAGUGACCCGAUAUCAUGACAACGACCCUAUUCCCUUACUCGUGAACAAGAUCUUCUCCGAUAAUACCCAGUUGCAGUAUGCCUACUUUGAUCUCCCCUUCGUCUGCCCGCCGAGUGGCAAAGCGCACGGCGGCUCGCCGUUCGGCUCCGGCCAGAGUGUCUCGCUCAAUCUUGGAGAAGUGCUGCGCGGCGAUCGCAUUAUGACCUCUGAUUUCCAACUUGCAAUGGGCAAGGAUGUCGAGUGUCAAACACUCUGCACUCGCGAAGUCACUCGCUCGGAUGUGAAAUGGGCUCGUCAGCUCGUCAAGGAGGGCUACGUGAUCGAAUGGAUUGCGGACAAUUUGCCUGGAGCUACUAGCUUCGUGACUGUCGACCGAAGUCGCAAGUACUAUGCUUCUGGGUUCAAGCUUGGCUACCGCGACAUAUCUCCUGCUUCUGGACAGCAGCGGUAUUUCAUCAAUAACCACUUCACGAUCGUUAUCCGCUGGCGGAGCGCACCGGAGGGAGGAAAAGUUAUUGUUGGAUUUGAGGUUUACCCGAAAAGUAUAACCGCUGAGGACCGCAAGGAAGGAGGUUGUCCUAAAGCUGUUCAUACGGACAGUGAAGGGCUGGGACUCUAUAUCCCACCCAAUCUUUCCCGGAUGCAAGAGAAGUACUCCGGUCUGUCUUACAUCCCAGAAGAUGACGAAGAUGACGAUGGAUCUACGCUGAAGAUCCCUUACACCUACUCUGUCUACUUUCGAGAAGAUACCAAGAUUGAAUGGGCUAGCCGCUGGGAUCUGUACUUCACCAACCAAGGCGAAAGCUCUAUCACUCACUGGUUAGCCAUCAUCAACUCCCUGACGAUCUCCACUGUACUGGGAGUGACCGUGUUUGUCAUCUGGAGCCGCACUGUGCAAGGCGACCUCAAAGGUCGCGGCGACGGUGCCAUGGAUGAUCGGAAGGUCAAAGGCCAAGCCCGACGGAGAAGCGGCAAGUCCGAAAAGAAGAAAGGCGAAGGACUUUUGGAAGACAACGAUGUGGAGCGCGACGCGGACUACUCUUCGGACGAUGAAACGCUUGAAGAUACAAGCGGUUGGAAGCUCCUCCACGGCGAUGUAUUCCGCAUCCCCGCUUAUAGCGGUCUUCUUGCGCCUUUGGUGGGCUCUGGAAUGCAGCUUUUGUUCAUGGCUACUGGCUUGCUCUUGCUUAGUUCCCUCGGUGUCCUGAAUCCAAGUUUCCGCGGCGGCUUUGUGAGUGUUGGCAUGGGUCUCUUCGUAUUUGCCGGUGUUUUCUCCGGUUACUUUUCCGGCAGACUCUACAAGACUUUUGGUGGAAAUGCCUGGCGCAAGAACACCUUGAUCACUGCUUUGCUAUUCCCUGGUCUCGCAUUCUGUCUCAUCCUCCUCCUGAACUUGUUCGUCUGGGCUCAAGCAUCCAGCACGGCAAUCCCAUUCAGCACUCUGGUCGGUCUUUUGGCCCUUUGGCUGCUCAUCCAAGUUCCCUUGGUAUAUCUUGGCAGCUGGGUCGGUUAUGUCCGUGCAACACCCUGGGAGCACCCUCUGAAGACGAGCGCCAUUUCCCGUCAAAUCCCACCUCAGCCCUGGUAUCUCCGCAGCCCGAUCGGUCCUAUCAUGACGGGUCUCAUCCCAUUCGCAGUUUUGUUCAUCGAACUGCUCUUCGUCUUCAAAAAUUUGUGGCAGGACAAGACCGGUUACUACUAUGUCUUUGGUUUCCUGAGCGUUGUGUCAAUUGUGCUGAUAGUGACUGUGGUUGAAGUAACCGUGAUCGCCACAUACAGCCAGCUUUGCUCUGAGAAUUACCAUUGGUGGUGGCAGAGCUUCCUCACUGGUGGUAGCAGCGCAUUUUGGAUUUUCGUCUACUGCAUUUGGUAUUACCUAUUCAAGCUCCACAUCACCGGCUUUGUUUCAAGCCUUCUGUUCUUCAGCUACAGUUUCCUUGCCUGCGCUGUGUAUGGGCUCUUGACCGGAACUGUUGGGUUCUUGGCCGCUUAUGCCUUCGUUCGACGUGUUUAUAGCGCUAUCAAAGUGGAUUAA